AUGAAGUACAAAGACGAAGUUCUUGGAAAGAGAAUCGAAGUAGAGUUCAAGGUGGGAACCGUCACUCAAUUUUUUCCAGGUACAAUUCAAAAGCUGAAAAUGGAACUUUCGGAUGGCAUCAUCUCUUGUCAUCAUUUCAUCGCCUUUGAUGAUGAAGAUGAGUACUGGUUUGAUCUCGAAAAGAAGGAGACGGCAAAUCAACUCCGGUGGCCAGAAAAAGAAAACAUCCCGCAGCCGGAUGCCAAGAAAUUGAAAACCGACGAUGCGUCAUCGUCGAUUCCGCAGUUCCCCAUCAUUGUAUUGCAAGAAGGAUAG